AUGACUCUCGGCUUGCUUCGUCUUCGAUUCUGGGUGCCACGAGGAAGGACCGUCAUUAAGCAGCAACUUCAUCGGUGCGUCACUUGCACUCGCUGGCGAGCGGCCACUCCACAGCCUCCAAUGGGCAACCUUCCGCGUGACCGAGUGACGCCGACUCGGCCAUUCCUGAGCACUGGCCUGGACUACGCGGGACCCAUCUUCAUCCGGACCAGCAAGGGGCGCGGACACCGCUCACAGAGAGGAUACAUAGCUGUCUUCGUAUGCUUUUGGUCGAAGGCUAUCCAUCUCGAGGUCGUCUCGGACUACAGUUCCGAGGCCUUCAUCGCCGCCUUACGCCGCUUCGUCUCCCGCAGAGGCCUGUGUACGGACGUGUACAGCGACUGCGGCACGACGUUCGUCGGCGCCGAUCGCACCCUGCGCGAGCUCUUCAAGGCGUCAUCUUCCGAGGGCCAUCACAUCGCUCGCGCCGCCAACAAUCAAGGGAUCCGCUGGCACUUUAAUCCGCCAGCGGCCCCUCACUUCGGUAGUCUGUGGGAGGCUGCCGUAAAAUCCACAAAAUUCCACCUCCGUCGAGUAAUCGGCGAAACCACCCUCACAUAUGAGGAACUUAGCACACUCCUCACGCAAAUCGAGGCGUGUCUUAAUUCUCGUCCGUUGCAGGCUUUAUCAGACGAUCCGGACGACACUUCGGCGCUCACACCAGGCCACUUCCUCAUCGGGGCGCCGCUAUUAGCCGUACCUGAGCCAUCGUUGACUGGUCAACCAGCAUCCACUCUGUCACGCUGGCGUCAUGUCCAAUUGAUGCGAGACCAUUUUUGGCAGCGUUGGUCAGCGGAGUACGUGCACGGCCUUAACCCCCGCACCAAAUGGGUCAAGGCCGAGGCCGCACCUCACGUGGGGGACCUCUGUCUCAUUCGUUCGGAGCUCACCCCUCCGACUCGAUGGCCUCUCGCACGGAUCACGAUACUGCAUCCCGGGGACGACGGUAUCGUCCGCGUGGUUUCGGUCCGCACCGCCACAUCCGAAUUCGUGCGCCCGCUCGUUAAAUUAGUCAUGCUUCCGGGCGCGGAUCGUAUUCCUGGCAUGACUAACGCGGACACGUCGUCCGCCGGCACGUAA